AUGGUGGGCCUGGGCACCAGGGGACCAGGCAGCUUGAAUGGUCUUGUUCUGGGAGUGCCCAGCACAGCUGGUGAGGGCCAAAUCUUUGUUUCUUUUUUUUUGUGGUACCAGGUAUUGAACUCAUAAGUAGGCACUUAUGCAGCUGAGCUAAAAUGCCCCGCCUCAGGGACAAAUCUUAUUCAUGUGCUUUAACAACAUUUCCAUAGCAUUUACUGGAAUUAGGCCCCGUCUAGUUACACAUAGUGACUACAAAUACAGAUUCAUGUCCUCCUCAUUACCAGCUUGUCAGAGAGAAACUGAAACCAUGGCGACUGUGCAGAUGAGUCAGCCUAGGUGGGGAAGGUCACGCUGAGAGGCCCAGCCUGGAGGGCCACCCUGGCCGCUCUCUAGUGUUUUUCCUUCCGAUGACUGCAGGAGGCCUUCUCUUCCUUCCACAGGAACUGACUGCAGCCCUGAGAUUGGCUCUUUCUGCGGUGGCGUUGGGGCCCUGGCCUGGAUCUGCCUGCUGCCUCCUCCUGCCUGAUGGUCAGGGCCUGCCCCAGGGUGUCUCUCCUGGUGUCUGGACCAUGGAGGAUUCCUGCAGCUGCUGCCUGCUCUGCCACCUCUUGUCCCUGCUUCUCCUUGUCCAGCUCCCUAACUGGGCAUCCACAGAGGAGUUCUGGGUGCUCGGGCCCCCAGAACCCAUUGUGGCAGUGCUGGGUGGCGAUGCCACACUCUCCUGCUCCGUGUUCCCAGCCAUGGAUGUGAGAAACAUGGAGAUGAGGUGGUUCCGUACUACGUUCAUGGAGUCUGUGUUCAUCUAUCGGAACCAGCGGGAGCAGACAGAGGAGCAGAUGGCUGAGUAUGCAGGGCGGACCUCACUGGUGAAGGAGUUUCUUGCCCACGGGGAGGCUGCCCUGAACAUCCACAAGGUCCAGGUUUCUGACAAUGGGAUGUAUAACUGCUUCUUCAAGAUGGGAAGCUUCUCUGAAGAGGCCAGCUUGGAACUGCAGGUGGCAGGGGUGGGCUCUGCCCCUCAAGUGCACAUCCAGGGCCCGGAAGAGGAUGGCGUCCGUGUGGUAUGCAGGGCCUCCGGGUGGUUCCCAAAGCCCCAGGUUCAGUGGCGAGACGUCAGUGGGAAGAAGAUCUUGGCAUUCUCUGAGGCCCACACGCAAGAUGCUGACCUGCUCUUCAGCGUGGAGGCCACUGUGGUGGUGAGAGAGGCCUCUGUGGGGAAUGUGAGCUGCUCCGUCCUCAACCCCGUCCUGGGCCAGCAGAAGGCCAUGGCCAUUUUCAUCCCAGAGCCCUUCUUCCCGCAGGCCUCUCCCUGGAAGCCAGCGUUUGCUGUGAGCCUGACUGUGAUGGGGCUCCUACUCUUUGGGGCUGGCUAUUUUCUGCACAGAGAACAUUCUACAAAGCUGCAAAUACAGCAGACACAGAAGAAUCUGAGUCUGACUAAGGAGGAGGAUAGGAGGAUAAAAGAGCAGGCACAGAAGGCAAAGGAUGAGCUCCAGGCAGAGCUGGGUCAGAGGAAGGCAGCUUACAAGGCUGCCUGGAGGAAGGCACAGCUGUACCCGGACUGGCGGAAGGAACUGUUCCAGGCUUUGUCUGUCACUCUGGAUCCAGGAUCUGCCCACGAAAGCAUCAGCAUCUCUCAUGGAAACUCAAGUCUCACCUGUGAGCACCCGGGUGGGGAUGAUCUUUGCAGCGUGUUGGGCCAUGAGGGCAUCACAGCAGGAAGGUGGUGCUGGGAGUUGGAGAUUCAGAGUGGAGAGAACGUCGAGUGGGCCCUGGGGGUGUGCAGGGAAGAUGCCAACAGGGCAGGCUGGUAUGGAGAAUUGGUGGACAAGGGGUUCUGGGUUGUGGAAUGGGUGAAAACUGGACACAUCACCUCUGUUAAACCCAACAUCGAUGUUAAACCCAACAUUUCUGAGCCAUCUAAGGCGUGCUGGAGGGUGGGGGUUUUCCUGGACUACAGUGAAGGGGACCUCUCCUUCUAUGACAUGACUGCGGGAUCCCACAUGUUCUCUUUCCUGCAGGCUCCCUUUUCCGGGACUCUCUUUCCGUACUUCAGCUUUAAAUGUGGAACUGUGUCCCUGACCAUCUGCCACCCUGAGAGUGGUUCUUUGGGGCACCCUGCACCCUUUCACAAUAAUUGUCCUUCUUUGAAGGAGACCCUGAAGUCCUCUGGGGAAGGACUGGGCUCAGGCUCUGAGGAGGGUGAAGUUGCACCAGGGGCAGACUCUCCCUUACUCUCCAGGGACCUGGGGGCUGUGAUCCCAUAGAGUCCGUGGCAUCCUUGCGCCCUCUGGCUAUUCCUGGGUCUGCGGGAUUCCUCUUGCAAAAGGCCCUGGAUGAAGCCUGGUUGCCCCACUAGCUUCCUCCUCUGUGUUCAGACUCCCUGGUGUGUGGUCAGGGAGUUAUCAGGGAGUUAUCAGCUCCUGUUUGUGUGCACAUAAGGAAGAGAAGAGUGGACUGUUGUUGGAACUGGUUUGAGACGAUGACUCUAACUACAGUCCUUGUAGACAGCAGUAGGUAUUAAAAGGUCUUUCACGGAGUUCUCUGUGGUUUGUAUAGAAAAAGCACUGAGGGCCAGAUUGUUGUGCAAAACCAAGGGGAGCUCAGCUUGUUGGUCUUGAGUGUCCCAGAUGGACCCCAAGUCUGAGGGUGGGGCCAGAUCUCCUUCUGCAGAUUUUCUUUCUCUAAUCCUGAAGCUUUAUCAGCCAUACAUUUCCAGGGAAGUGAAUGAGCAAUCAAAGUUUCACUGGAGAAGAAUCUAACACUCAAAGCCUUGUGCUUCUUUUGGGUGACACCUAUUUUUCCAAAUCUCAGUGUAUUUUUGUUACCAGUGAGAGAGCUGUUCUGUGUUAACCCCAAAGAGUUUACCAUGAGGAUCACAUGGGCAGCAUGGUUGUUUACAUACUGAGCAUCCUGAGUGUUCCCUGGGCAGGUGUCAACCACUUGGUUUUAACAAAGAUACCAUGGUAUGUCUAUUUGUUUUAUAUGAACUAUGUUUUGCAUACUUUUAAAAAUUUAGAAUAUAUUCACCUUUGAGGUUUGUUUCUAGUGAAAUCUAAUAAUUCUGUUUAUUUUCUCAUAUUAAUUCAUGUUUAAUUUGAUUUUUUUUUGGUACUUGUGAACAAAUUUAUGACCUCAUGCGUGCCAGGCAGGUGCUUAUGCUGCUGAGCUAAAUCCCUUGCCCUCAUGCUUAAUUUGUGAAAAAUAAUUGUUUUGACUCUGAUGAAACCAUUUGUGAACAUGGGGCAUUGUCUUACUACAGACGAUUUUGUUUUGAGACAGUCUUGCAAGUUCAGGCUAGCUUUGAACUCAUCACAUAUCCUGCCCUGGCCUCCAACUCAUGGCAGUCUCUUGCCUCAGUCUCCUGAGGGUUGGGAUUACAGAUGUGCUCCACAUGCCCAACUACUACAGACAGCUUUUCUUCAUCUCCUGAACUCAGUGAUAUUCUUUUGCAAUACAAAAUGGACACCUUCAGGACUCUGAAAUCGAAUAGGAAGAAGUGCAAAAGCAACACUGAAAAGGGAGUGUUAGCAUAUCAUAAAAGUUGCAGUGAUCUUCCUGCCUCAGCCUACCCAGUUCUGGCAUUACAGGCUUGUGCCACAACUUGCUUCAGUUUUAUUUUGAGCCAGGAUAUUGCUAACUUGCCCAGAGAGGACUUGAGGUUUUCAUCCUCAGGCCUCAGCCUCAUGGGAGCUGGGAUUAGAGUUUUAUGCCACAAUGCCUGGCCUACUAAGUUUUUUUUUUUUAAAUAUAACCCACAGAAAUGUCCAGGAGGCCCCACUGUGCUCACUUUUUAGUGAGGUAAUAAGAAAUACAGGCUCACAUGAUCAGAAAUGUCAGUGUCCCAAUAGCAGUGUGUUAGGCCAUAAGUGGCAGAAUUCAGAAUGGCUGUCAAGUGUGCCGGUGACCUGCAGGAUCCACAGUAGUUGAAUACUGAAACUCACUCCAGAGUCAUCAGUGUGAGUCUGUCAGAAAGCUGAAGAGCCUGUAUUGGAGGUUGGAGUCUGCUGGAAGGACCUGGAGACCAAGAUGUGAUGGCAAAGGUGAAGACUGAAGCUCCUCUGAAUUGAGACUUCAUUCUUCUUUCCCUUUUUAUUCCAUCUGAGCUACAAGUCUAUUGGUUAAUGCCUCCCACAUCUGGGCUGGGCCCUGCCCCUCAGUUUGCUGGCCUACCUGUCAAUCAUCUAGGGACACACCAGGGAACUCACUAACCUGUUAGGCUGCUCUUUCACAAGUCAAGUUGGCAUAUCAUGAUUAAAGAUCACACUGGCCCACUGAGUAUUUUGUCCCAACUUCCUGAAACAGCUUCUAACACUGUUAAAAUUUCCUGAUAAUGGUGAAAGGAGGGCAUUUCAUUAUUCAUAAUGAGUGCCUUUCAACUUCUUCUGAAUCUUUGUUAAUGAAGUGACUUUUGGAAAGUUCCUAAACAACUCGAAGAUGGGCCAGGUUGUCAGGGGAAAUAACUUUGAGAUUAGAGGACUGUAACUGAGGCCGAAGAUAGGGCGGUAGGUUGUUUAUUAAUUCUCAAGAGUCAAGAAUUUCAUCAAACAUGUCUACAUACUUCCAAAAGAAAAAAUCUGAAAGGACUGGAUUGCAGGAGCUUCUGGGUGGACAAACAGGAAUGCAGCCCUCUGUGGGGACAGACUGUCUGGUUGCGAGCUUUGUCUGACCUUCCUCGAUGUACACUUUCAUCUUGUUAUGCAUUUGUGUCCUUUUCAGUAUCUUUUAUAAUAAACUGGCCAGCAAGCAAUGUA